AUGAGGAACAACAGUGACGACCGGGGUCCCGCGGCGUCGCCGGCAGACGCCGACGCCUCCAGAAGGGCACAGUUUGGUACUUUGACAAAGACUUUGGGUGAGGAUGCAAUGAUUGUAGAUGAUAAUCAAUUCCAAAACAUGUUAGGUAUGUAUAAGAGUGAGAUGAGUUGCAAGCUUCUUUUAAUUGUGGUGGAGAAAACCAUAUUUGAGCAGCACUUUGUAGCACAGCAACAUAUCCUAGCAGAAGAUCCAUUACAGCCUGCUUUAGAACUGCAGCCUGAACCUCUUGUUGUCAUUCCACCCGAACCCACUUCACCACAAAGAACAGCUGCAAAACCACAGCCUGAACCAAACAGUGCACCUGACAUCUUUGUAGAACCACAGCUUGAACCAAAUAGUCCCAAAUCAAAUACAAAUGUUGCUGAAGAAGAGCCUGACAUCUUUGCUAACCAUGAAGAGUAUGUGAGUGUCAAUGAUGAGCAUUUUUACAUUCCAAUUCCACCUGAACAACCUACUAUGAAUGCACAACCUACUAAUGAUGAUCCAAAUGAAUGUGCUUCUGGUGAAGGAGAGAUACCUCCGGAGGCAGAGGUUAAUGAUGCAGAUCCUGAGGAGAUAAGGGUCCUACAUGAUCCAGAGAACCCCAAAAUAGAGAAGGAUGCCCUUUUUCCUGACAUUGAGACAUUCAGGAAAGCAAUCACCCAUUAUGAAGUGAAGACUGGAUUUGAGUUUGCAAAGAGAAGGAAGUCUGAUCCUACCAGAUUUAUUGCAAGGUGUGCCCACUCUAGCUGUCCUUGGCGUAUUCAUGCUUCAAGGCUGCAUGAUCAGAAAACAAUACAUAUUAAAACUCUACCAGCAAAGCACAAUUGUCCCUCCACCAAGCUUGUUCCAUGCAAAAUGGCUUCCCAAAGCUGGGUGGCAGAAAGGCUCACUAAUUUCUUGAAGAAGAAUCCUAGCAAGGGGCCCAAGGCAGCUAAAGAAAAGGUGGAGGGAGAUUAUGGCAUUGUGCUGAAGUACUCCAAAGCCUAUUCAGGCAUGAAGUUGGCACUUCAACAAAUUCAUGGUAAAUAUGAAAAUUCUUUUAAGUUGCUGUUUAAUUGGAAAGCACAAAUGGAGAUCUCUUCUCCUGGUAGCAUUGUAGAGAUAGAUGUGCAGAAAAUAGGCAAGAAAAGAAGGUUCAAGAGGAUUUUUGUAGCUCUCAAACCUUGUGUGGAUGGCUUUCUUGCUGGUUGUAGACCAUUCAUUGGUGUAGAUGCAUCUAGUCUUAAUGGCAAGUACACUGGGCAGUUGGCAUCUGCAACCGGAGUAGAUGGACACAACUGGUUGUAUUACAUUGCCUAUGCUGUUUUUGACACUAAAAAUGAGGAUAAUUGGACUUGGUUCAUGAAGAACUUGAGAAGGGCAGUUGGGAGCCCUGAAGGACUUGUCAUCUGCACAGAUGCUUGCAAGGGUCUGGAGAAUGCUAUUGGAGCUGUUUUCCCAGAGGCUGAGUACAGAGAAUGCAUGAGACAUCUGUAUGCCAACUUCAUGAAGCAUUACACAGGUGAUGUUUUCACAACACACCUGUACCCUGCUGCAAGGAGCUACACUGAGGGACUGUUCAGGUGGCACAUGCAGAAGAUUGCUGAGUUUGCUCCAGCUGCUAUAACCUAUUUGGAGGAGCACCACAACAGAAUCUGGUAUAGGUGUGGAUUCUCUGAACUUAGCAAAUGUGACUACCUCACAAACAAUGUAGCUGAAAGCUUAAAUAGUCAGGUCAAAGAAAUGAAGGGGCUGCUGAUUCAUGAGUUAGUUGAUGGGAUCAGGGAGAUGGUUAUGCAGAAGAGGUACCUUAGGAGAAAGAUUGGAAGGGAGAUGACAGAUGGGAUUUUGCCAAAUGUAAUAAAGGAGUUGAACCUUAUCACAAACAACUUGAAAGUGGUAAAGGUUGCAGUAAGUGAUGAAGAUUUUGCUGAGGUUACCUUGCUUGAUGACUGGAACAAUACCAAAAGUCACAUUGUGGACCUUGUGAACCACAAAUGCAGCUGCAGAGCAUGA